AUGGCCCCCGUCACCCUCAGCACGGUAGACACCGACCUCAAGGAUGUAAUCCAGCAUCUCUUCGAAAUCCAAUCCGCCGUGCACGGCUAUCUCGGUCCAGAAACCCAACAAGAACUCGUCCGGAAGAUCAAAAACCUCACCCUCGCGCUCUCCACCCUCUCAUCCCACACCCAAUCCCACGCCCCGGACGCCGACACAGCACAGGCAAACCCCAGCGACCCGCCCAUCAGCACGAUCGAGCUGCCCCCCGAGAUCAUCGAUUACGUCGACGCGGCGCGCAACCCGGAUAUCUACACGCGCGAGUUUGUCGAACUCGUCCAGCGUGGCAAUCAGGAUCUGAAGGGGAAGAAGGAAGCAUUUGCGGGGUUUCGCGAUGUGCUGGCGCGCGAGAUGAGGAGUGCUAUGCCUGAGUGUCGGGGGGAGGUUGAUCGGGUGGUGCGGGCGACUGGGGGUGGUGAGGAAAGUUGA